CCAUUUCAGUCCCGGAGUUUCUUGUUGCACAUUACUUUUCUGGGCUUUUCCUGCGGUUUUAGCACUUGUUCGGCGCACAGUUUCUAACUUGUGCAGCAGCGACUGCUCAGCUGACACCCCCGCCUCGACGUUACCGCUGGAAGUUGUUGAAGUCGCUGGCGUUUCGGCGGGUUUUUUUCUCCGGCGACGGUGUCAGUCAACCAAAGUUUUUGUAUGAGUUGCGGAUAGGGAGAGGCGAAGGGGAAAAGGCCUCAAGCCUCGGACGGGAUUUCUCACAGCCAUGGCCGGUAAUUUUGAUGCCGAAGACCGUGCAAGCUGGUACUGGGGCAGAUUGAGCCGUCAGGAGGCGGUUUCUCUCUUGCAGGGCCAGCGGCACGGUGUUUUCCUGGUGCGGGACUCUAUCACCAGCCCCGGAGACUACGUGCUGUCCGUCUCAGAGAACUCCAAAGUGUCCCAUUAUAUAAUCAACAGCAUCAGUAACAACCGGCAAUCUGGCACAGGUUUGGCUCCUCCACGGUUUCGGAUCGGAGAUCAGGAGUUUGACGCGCUGCCAAACCUGCUGGAGUUCUAUAAGAUCCACUAUCUGGACACCACUACUCUCAUAGAACCUACAAGUAAGGCUAAGCACGCGGGCUUCGUCAGCUCCACCGCUGCGGGGGCGCCCCAGUCCGACGAGGCAGAGUUUGUCCGGGCGCUGUUUGACUUCCCCGGGAACGAUGAAGAGGACCUGCCGUUCCAUAAAGGCGACAUCCUGCGUGUGCUGGAGAAGCCCGAGGAGCAGUGGUGGAACGCGGCCAACCAGGAUGGCCGGGUCGGGAUGAUUCCGGUUCCCUACGUGGAGAAAUACCGGCCCGCCUCGCCCACCGCUGCCGGUCUGGGUCCCGCCGCUGUGGGGACUGUACAGGGGGGACAUGUUGGUGGGGUAGCAGGCAACCCAGAUGGAACAGGGGCCCCUCAGGCCAACCCGCUAGGAGACCCGGGCCAGUACGCUCAGCCUGUGGUCAACACUCAGCUUCCCAACCUACAGAAUGGGCCCGUCUAUGCUCGAGCCAUUCAGAAGAGGGUGCCCAACGCUUACGACAAGACGGCUCUGGCUCUGGAGGUGGGCGACAUGGUGAAAGUGACCAAGAUCAACGUGAACGGCCAGUGGGAAGGCGAGUGCAAAGGCAAGCGGGGCCACUUCCCCUUCACCCACGUCCGACUGUUGGAACAGCACCACCCGGACGACGAGAGCUGAGAAGCACCGCCGGCCCCCCCCUGCACACCUGGAACCGACGUCGUCGUCGUCUCAGCCGGAGAGGAAAAGAAAAGGUUCACACAAGCACACGGUUUACGAGCAAAACUGGCCGCUCCCUCCAGACGCUGCCGAUGCCAAAUGGGCGGCUCUGCCUGCGGCCAUUUUUAUGGCCGUCAGUCAUACUAAGCGUUUACACUAAGGUCACUCUGAUAUCGGUCUGCCUGUCUCUGGUUUUCCUCUUAAGUCUCCCCCUUCCUCUCACAUCUGCACAGUUUCCACUUGAAGAUGAAACAACUUAUCAGAAUCAUGUUGAAAAGAUCAAAACAGGGUGGUGAACACAGGUUAUCUCCCUGGAAAAGCACCAAUGUCACACUUUGACCUCAAUGAGUCAAACAGGAGAAGAAAACCUCUUCCUGUAGUGUCAGAGGUGUAAAGAUGUUCAUCUUUGCUGCGUUCACACCCGUCUUUUUCAUUUCCUGUGUUGGUAUGCAGGCAGAACAACUGCAAUGAGGCUGCUUGGAAAGGAAGAAUUGUCAACAUCAGCUGUGUAUUAAUAUAAUUUGGAAACCAUCACAGUCUAAUUAUUUCUGCUUGAGCUGAGCUGCUGGUGUCCUGGCUCACAGUCGGGGUUUGGAAACAAACCUGUCGGUUUACAGUUGCGUGCCUGAAAUCACUGUGACGAGGUUACGCCUAUUAAAUUUGGUCUUGGCAAUGAGGAACUGACUUGUUGGUGUUUAAUAGUUUAGCGAUUCUGCACAAAUCAAUAAAACCUGCCAGCCCCAAAACAUUUUGAUCAACUGAAUACAAAUCAAAGACGUCAAGCGGGAAAGUAAAUGGUUCAAACUUCUAUUCCUGCGACAUGUUGGUUUCAAACAGCGCGUUGACCGAUAUCGGGUGAGCCCUAGUUUACAUACCUCAAGCCCAGUAUUUGAAGUCAACAGCACGCAUCCCGCAGCAGAGUCGGCCCACUGUUCCCUUCCCGUCGCUACCCGCCGCAUUUCAUUCACACAGCAGGAGGAGGGAGGAGAAGCCCGUGGCAUGCGGCGUCCGCAGCUUCUCUCACAGAAGCCAUGGAUCAGUGAGUUUUUGCUGUGACGGACUGUGAAACCAUUAAACACUUUAUCCGUUGCCCGGCGGAGAGAGGCGCUCCUCCUCACAGACGAUUUCACCCCGUUACAUCCCACACUACAAACCAAGCCCCCCCCCCCCCCCCCUUUUCUUUUGUAUAAAAAGUGGAAAAUAUUAUAAUAGAAUUGACUAUAUAUAUACAAACACACCUUACAUGCUAAAUACUGUAAACAAGUUUUCCUUUCUUUGGACUUUGUGUGUCACACCCUUUUGUUUUCUCCGUGUUCUUCUUGUCAAACACAUCGCGGAUGACUUGAAAUGCAGCAGUGUGAAAAGAACAAAAACGAGCUUCCUCUUACUCACCGAGGAGCGAUCAAUCCCCCCGAGGCUGCGUUCCGAGAUGAGAGGAGGAAAGGUUGAGGGAUUUUAUUUUUGGGCUUGUUUUCAUAUUCUCAUUUUGAGAUGCUUUCAAGAUAAAAUCCCCUUCGAAUGCCCAGUUAUUGCAUUUUUAAAGAAGUAUGGUCAGUUUAUGCCCACUCUUGAGCCGUGAAUGAUAUCCGCUCUUGCCCCUUUGUUUCAUCUUGGCUUUUUCAUGAUUGAAUACAUGUGAAGCUUUUAACACACUGAGAAUCAUAAAGUGUACCUAAACCACAAACUGUUACUGUCGGAUUUGUUCUUUGAACUUGACACCAUUUUACAACAUCCUGCUUGAGAAUCUGUUCUUUAUUUUCCCCCUUUUUCUUCAAGUCGCCCAGAGAAAGCAGCAGCAGCUUUGCUGAGUUUCUCGAUAUAAUCUCCGUUACUCCGGGUAAGCUGGCGAGCAUUAAUUAGGUGUCUUGAAACUGGUUGUAAAGUGGCAGCGACACUGAUAAAACACUGUUUUUGUGAGAUAAAAAAUCCUCCUGUGGUCCUAAUCUGACUGUUGGUUAAUUACAAAUAGUACCUUAUCAUCACUGAGUCGGAAGCUCAUUUAUCAUCCGUUUUAUUGUGUAAUAAUGCGUUAAGUGCUCCUUCAUGAUUCCAGUGCCUAUCUGAAGUAGUGUGAACCCCCCCCCCCCGUCGCAGACCUUGAGUAGUGGGAACUGAAGGCGUUGUCCAGGACGCCCAAGGACACGGAACACGGAAGCACUGCCAUCAGGAAAGGAAUUCCCACUCUGAAAACCUGUAAUUUGUAAUUCUCCGUUGUAUUAUGAAGUAUUUACACCCUUCUAGUUGAAGAAUCUUGCCAUGCCUGCCAAAGUUGAAGCCUUUUCCCACACCCCAUGUGUUUUGGAGAGUUUUUCUUGAGAAUCGAUGGAAUCAAAUAGAACUGAAGCAAAAUUUGAUUUGGUCUUUUAAUCAGAGUGGCUGUGGAUGAUGACAAGAAUCGAUGUCUGUAUUAUAGAUGAGGUUGAAAGCUCUUCUCCUUUUCUGUUGCUUCAAAAUGGCCCCAGAUUUGAUCAAGCUAACAUUUUGAGUGGAACUUAUUUUUCUUUUAAGAAAAAUCAACGAUACAAUUUCCUGAUCUGUGUAUCUCCUAUGAAUUUCAUGCAUCACACACCAGAUGGUCAGUCGUGCAACAGUCUUGAGUUUACAUUGUGUAGAAUUUCCCUCCAUUUAUUUUAUUUACAUGCAAAUUUUACAAAAAAAUAUUUUUGUACUCUUCAUUACUGCCAUAUUUUUAUCAGAAUUUUGAGCCACACAGUCUGUAUAGCCCUGUGUAUAUUGUAGUAAUAAAAAAAAAUAUAUGCAAUAUUCCAAAAUCUCCAUCUUCCACAAGUCUUUGCUCAAGAAAUGUUUGUGAAAAGUCCACUUAACACUAAAGUGAUUGACAACGGUCUUAAUAUUUAUAGUGUGCUGCUGCAGAUGUGUGUUGAAAUUCAAAGCAUUGUGCCUGAUGGGUUUUAUGCAUUAAAAGAUCGUUUUGGGGGAAUCCUAAAAUAUUCAAUGUGUCAUUUGUAAUGAAUUCAGCAACAUUGAUAAGAUUGAAAUGAAAACAGAACCUUGCUGCACCGGUGUGUUGAGGUGCCACUUGAUUUGUGUGUUUGUGUUGUAAUUCCUGGUAAGUGAUAUUUGGGCAUUGUGUUCGGAUGAACAGAACUCGAUCUGCGUCGGCCUUUUCUCGAGGGAAGCAACGCUUUUGAUAAAAGAAGAUUCUUUACUCCACUGUGCUUACAGCAGUCACACAGACUGAUGACUACUCAUUGUACUUUUCUUUUGAGACACCACUGAUAAUCCCACAAUAUGCACCUUAUCUCCUCUACGGCUCAAGAAAGUCUCGGCAUGCCAAAUAAUGUUUUACCCUCUUUUUUUUUUUCCUCGUUUCCAUCACAGUAAUGAUAAUUUUACCUUUGUGCCAUUUCACACAGACUUGAAGAGGAUCCGAACAAGCAAAAAUAGGAUUUUUUUUUUUUAAGAGAUUGUAAAAUGUGUUAUGAAAGCAUAUUAUUUUCAAGAUAAAUUACCGUUUUAUUUUCUGUAGCAUGUAAUGUGUUUAAUAUACCUAGUCAAUAAAACUAUACCAAAUUGUAA